AUGGGAAUUACCAAACCAUAUCCAGAUGAUGACUCCAAUGCCACCAAUCACCAGCUGGAACAAGUGGAGUAUGUGUUCCUUGUGAUCUUCACCAUUGAAACCUUUACAAAGAUUCUGGCUUACGGCUUGGUCAUGCACCCCAGUGCCUACAUUAGGAGCGGGUGGAACUUGCUUGAUUUUGUUAUCGUCAUUGUUGGUUUGUUCAGUGUGAUAGCUGAAGGGAUGACGGACCAUAAACCAGGAGAAGCACAUCACGCUGCAGGGAAGCCAGGGGGCCUAGAUGUCAAAGCCCUCAGAGCUUUCAGAGUGCUGAGACCUCUUCGACUUGUAUCAGGAGUGCCAAGUUUACAAAUUGUGUUGAACUCCAUUAUGAAAGCCAUGGUCCCCCUGCUUCACAUUGGAAUGCUGGUCAUGUUUGUAAUUAUCAUCUAUGCCAUCAUUGGACUGGAGCUGUUCAUUGGUAGAAUGCACAAAACCUGUUUUUCCUCAACCUCAGGUCUCUUUGUAGAAGAUGACCCAUCCCCCUGUGCGUUUGCAGGGAAUGGACGCUUCUGUAUUGGCAAUGGGACAGAAUGCAGGGGCAAGUGGGAGGGUCCCAACGGUGGCAUCACAAACUUUGAUAAUAUCUUCUUUGCUAUGCUAACAGUCUUUCAGUGUAUCACUAUGGAGGGCUGGACAGAUGUUCUCUACUGGAUGAAUGAUGCCAUUGGCCAUGAGAUUCCUUGGAUUUACUUUGUUUCCCUGGUCAUCUUUGGCUCAUUUUUCAUUAUCAAUCUUGUUUUGGGAGUGUUGAGCGGAGAGUUCUCCAAAGAAAGAGAAAAGGCUGUGGCUCGUGGUGAGUUGCAAAAAGCUCAAGAGAGUAAGCAAAUGGAGGAGGACAUGAUCGGUUACAUGGAUUGGCUCAUAGAGGCUGAAGACGUGGACGAAGAGGGAAAUAAACGUGCUGCAAUUGCAAAGAAAAAGAUGAUGAAGAAGUUUGGCUGGUACAAACACAGUGAGGAUGGCGGAGAGUCUGACUCGGACGAUGAUAUCGCUUACCUCGAUGAUGACAAUGGCUUCUGUGCUUCUCUCAUGGCAAAGAUGAUGGCCAAUAGCUUCUGUGACCAGUUGUGUCAGCUGAACCACACCAUGAGGAAGAACUGUCGUGUGGCUGUGAAAACCACAAAUUUUUAUUGGCUUGUGCUGCUGCUGGUGUUCCUCAACACAGUAGCCAGUGCCUCAGAGCAUUACGGACAGCCCAAGUGGCUCACUGAAAUGCAAGAACGAGCCAAUAAGAUCUUGCUGCUCCUUUUCACGUUGGAAAUGUUGAUGAAGAUGUAUGCCUUCGGACUGCAGAUCUACUUCAUGGCUCUGUUUAACCGCUUUGAUUGUUUUGUGGUGUGUGGAGGAAUCCUGGAGCUCCUCCUGGUGGAGUUAGAGGUUAUUCCUCCCAUUGGUAUCUCUGUGCUGCGCUGCAUCCGUCUGCUCAGGAUUUUUAAGAUGACUCGGCACUGGGCCGCUCUGUCAGACUUGGUCAAUUCUUUACUGAACUCUAUGAAAGCUAUCUGCUCCCUUCUGCUGCUGCUCUUUCUCUUCCUCAUCAUCUUCGCUCUGCUGGGCAUGCAGUUGUUCGGAGGAAAAUUCAAUUUUGAUGAAACUCAGAUGAAGAGAAGUACCUUUGACUCCUUCCCUCAGGCUCUACUCACUUGUUUCCAGAUCCUGACAGGAGAGGACUGGAACGCUGUCAUGUAUGAUGGGAUCAUGGCAUAUGGAGGCCCGAUAUUUCCAAACAUGGUGGUCUGCAUUUACUUUGUCAUCCUCUUCGUCUGUGGUAACUACAUCUUGCUGAAUGUGUUCUUGGCUAUCGCUGUAGACAACUUGGCAGGAGGUGGUGGGAAGAAGAAAGUUGAAGAGAAAAAAGAAGAGGAGGAAGAGUGGGAUGACGAUGAAGAAAAAGAAGGUGAAGAUGCUGGGAACGAAGAAGAUGACUGGCAGGAUAAUGAAGAACUGAGGGCCAUAGAGGGCCUUGAAGGAGUUGCUCCAAUGAAACCGGAGUUCUCAGGACCUAAAGAGAAGAUUGUGCCAAUCCCUGAUGGAAGUUCAUUUUUCAUUUUGGGGAAAAAAAACUGUUUGCGUGUGGCCUGCCAUAGCUUCAUCCAUCAUCCAUACUUCACAAACUUCAUCCUCGUCUUCAUCAUUCUCAGUAGCAUCUCUCUAGCUGCUGAGGACCCCAUCAAAUCUCACUCAUUCAGAAACAUCGUACUUGGAUACGCUGACUAUGUGUUCACAUCAGUUUUCACAGUUGAGAUUGUUUUAAAGAUGACAGUGUACGGGGCCUUUUUGCACGAGGGCUCUUUCUGCAGAAAUGCCUUUAACCUCUUGGAUUUACUGGUUGUCAGUGUCUCUCUCACUUCCUUUUUCCUACACUCAAGUGCCAUUUCUGUGGUAAAGAUUCUCAGGGUGCUGCGAGUGCUCAGACCUCUGCGUGCCAUCAAUAGAGCUAAAGGAUUAAAGAACGUGGUGCAGUGUGUGUUUGUAGCCAUACGAACCAUUGGAAACAUCCUGAUUGUGACCACGCUUCUUCAGUUCAUGUUCGCUUGUAUCGGAGUCCAGCUUUUCAAAGGUAGAUUUUAUAGCUGCACAGAUGAAGCCAAACACACUCCUGAUGAAUGCAAGGGGACAUUUGUGGUGUACAAAGAUGGUGAUAUGGACCACCCCAUGGUCAAAGAGAGGAUCUGGCAAAACAGUGACUUCAACUUUGACAACGUGCCCAUGGGCAUGCUGGCAUUAUUCACAGUCUCCACAUUUGAAGGCUGGCCUCUGUUGCUAUACCGAGCUGUAGACGCCAACGCUAUAAACCGGGGCCCCAUCUACAACUACAGAGUGGAAAUCUCCAUCUUCUUCGUCAUCUACAUCAUCAUCAUUGCCUUCUUCAUGAUGAACAUCUUUGUGGGUUUUGUCAUCAUCACAUUUCGAGAGCAAGGAGAGGCUGAAUUUAAAAACUGUGAAUUAAACAAAAACCAGCGCCAGUGUGUGUACUAUGCACUGAAAGCCCAGCCUAUAAAAAUCUACAUUCCCAAGAAUCCAUCACAGCUCAAAUUUUGGAAAAUUAUCAACUCGAGUCAGUUUGAAUAUAUCAUGUUUGUCCUGAUUCUGGGCAACACAUUGACUCUGGCUGUUCAGCAUUACGAGCAGUCAAAGCUAUUCACUUCUAUCAUGGAUAUCCUCAACAUGAUCUUCACUGUUGUGUUUACAAUUGAAAUGAUUAUCAAGUUAAUGGCACUACGGGCUCAUCACUAUUUUAUUGAUCCUUGGAAUUCAUUUGAUGCUUUGAUUGUUGUGGGGAGUGUGCUGGAUAUUGCCGUGUCUGAGUUUAGUGGAGGGGGUGGACAUGGUGAGGGCAAAGGUGAAAGUGGUAAAGUGUCUAUCACAUUUUUCCGUUUAUUCCGAGUCUUGCGUUUGGUGAAGCUCCUCAGUAAAGGAGAAGGCAUCCGAACUCUUCUCUGGACGUUUGUCAAAUCUCUGCAGGCCCUGCCCUAUGUUGGUUUGCUCAUUGCCAUGAUAUUUUUCAUUUAUGCGGUUAUCGGCAUGCAGACCUUUGGAAAAGUGGCCAUUGAUGACGACACUGAAAUCAACCGAAACUGCAACUUCCAAACUUUCUUUAUGGCGGUUUUGGUGCUGUUCAGGUGCGCCACAGGAGAGCAGUGGCAAGAGAUCAUGCUGGCAGCGUUGCCCGGGAGACGUUGUGACCCUGAGGCCGACAUUGAGCCAGGAGAGGAGUAUUCAUGUGGUAGUAACCUGUCCUACAUCUACUUCAUCAGCUUCUUCAUGCUCUGCGCUUAUUUGAUUAUUAAUUUGUUCAUUGCUGUCAUUAUGGAUAACUUUGAAUACCUGACCCGUGACUGGACUGUACUUGGCACACAUCACCUGGAUGAGUUCAAAAGGGUUUGGUCCGAUUAUGAUCCAGAGGCCACGGGUCGUAUCAAACACAUCGAUCUAGUGACAAUGCUACGCAGAAUUCAGCCUCCUCUGGGUUUUGGUAAACUAUGUCCACACCGGGUCUGCUGCAGGAGACUGGUGGCUAUGAAUGUCCCUCUCCACCAUGAUGGCACAGUUACCUUUAAUGCAACAUUGUUUGCUCUGGUCCGAACUUCACUGAAAAUAAAGACUGAAGGAGCCAUUGACCAGCAAAAUGAGGAGCUGAAGCUUAUCAUUAAGAAGCUCUGGAAAAGAACUAAGCCUAAACUCAUAGAUGAAGUUAUUCCUCCCCCUAGAGGAGAUGAGGUAACCUGUGGGAAGUUUUACGCCAGUUUCUUGAUUCAGGACUACUUCAAAAAAUUCAGAAAGAGAAAAGAGCGGGAAAGAAAGUCCAAGAAGAAGGACAAAGCAGCUUCUUUACAGCAAGGACUGCGCUCCCUUCAGGACCUGGCCCCAGAAAUGCGUUUGGCCAUGGACCUGGAGGAUGAGGAGGGGCUGGACGGAGAGAUGACAGGAGACGAGAUAUUCACCAGUGAAGCUACAUCUGCCAACACCACCCCUGCCGCCACGCCCAUGCCCCCCAUAGAAACCCUGGUGGAGCAGACCACUGUGUUUGUUGAACCUGAACCCAAACCAGCCAAUGGGCACAUAGUGACAGACCAUGUGAUCACAGAGCAGGUGACUGGUCUUCAUGACGCUGAGAAGCCUGGAUCAGAGCUGGUAGGGGUCACUGUCGUGACUGAACAGCCGGUCAAGUCUGAACCAUUACCAGUCACAAGGAUGACAGAGUUAUCCCCUCCUCCUGCUCCUCUCACUUCUCCCGCUCCUCCCGCUCCUCCCGCUCCUCCCGCUCCUCCCACUGCUCCCACUGCUCCCACUGCUCCCACUGAUCCCCCUGCUCCCCCUGUUCCUGCUGAGACGGUGGAGGCAGAAGUGAUGGUGGAGGAACCUGCCCCACCACAACCAGCAGUUCCAGAAGUGCAGGAGCCGGUUUACCACAGUGAAAUUGAUGGAGCAAGUCUUGCAUCUGACAGUAGGUCUGGGUACCCUGAUGCCGUAUCCCCUGCUCCGACUGAGACUGGCUACCAUGACACCAGUGUGGACAGAGCGAGCAGCAUAGGAGAGAUGCCCUACGACACAUCCAACGUCAAUGGCUUCACUAAUGGAUUCAAUGGCACCAACCUAAAUGGAGAGAGUGCUGUUCCAAGUCCUAGUCCUUAUCCCAAUGAGUACAAUACCAAUGGAUAUAACACCAACGGGUACAAUACCAAUGGGUACCAUAGUAAUGGGUACAACGGUAAUGGAUAUGCAGGGUACAAUGAGAAUGGCAGUGUCAUAAGCACCAAUGGAAACGGAAGUACUGUGAGCAACGGGCAGAGCAGCGGUUACAGUGGAAAUGGAUAUGUCAACAAUCAAAAUGGCAAUGCACAGUUUGUGAGGAGACGACUUCUGCCUGCCAUACCAAAAGGUCGCAAGCCUGCCUUUAAUUUUCAGUGUCUGCGGCCUCAGAGCAGCGUAGAUGACCUCCCUAUACCUGGAACAUACCAAGGAAACACCUCCCCGUCCAGAUCACGACUACGGGUCCAACACAGCCUUGACUCUCGGCGAAGCAGCGUCUCCUCCCUGUCCUCUUCUUCUUGGGCAAAUACGACUGCAGCUGGUACCACCCCUGUCCCGUCAAUAAUUGCUCCAUCAGGUCGGAGGGGGAAACUCAUAUACACUCCCAUGCUCCUGGUGGAUGAGGCAACGGGCACCUCUCAGCCUCUGUGGAGCAGUGGGUCAGCCAGUCUUCCAGCCAGGAGCACCCCAGGGUGGUAUCCCAGUCAGACACGAACCUUCACCAGCUCGAGACUACCUCCUGUCAGUCAAAAUUAUAUAGACAAAGGCAGUGCAGACAGCCUGGUAGAGUCGAUUUUGAUCUCAGAGGGUCUUGGAAUCUAUGCUCGGGACCCCAAAUUUGUGAACUUUGCGAAGCGUGAGAUCGCAGAGGCGUGUCACAUGAGCUUGGACGAGAUGGAGAGCGCUGCUACAGACCUGAUCGCCAGAGGAGCCAACCGAUCCGUAUCCCGCUAUGAGGAUGAACUAGCUGAUGAAAUAAACUGUGUGAUUUCUUAUUAAAGUCCACAAGGGGAACAUUUUCGAGAUGAGUGUAGUGUUUCAUAAUGACAACUCAAAAAAUCAUCUCAACAGAAAUAGACGAAAACAAGAGACCUUCAAGAGACCUUUAAGAGUAUUGUGUCAAACUUAAAUAAUGUGUUGGGGGUUAAUAUUAUGGUUAAGGUACAUUAUAUUAACUCCUUAGGAGAAUUUGUCUCCUGCAUUUGACCCAUACUUAAAUACUUCUGGGGCAACCUGUCUCUAUCUUAUCAUAUAAACCUAUCUCCAGAUCGUGAGCUUGGUCUGGACUACCUUAGCUAGAGGAUUUUUACUAUUUUUGUUUUUCCUAAUUGUUGGGUAUCUUUCUUGACAUAAAUGCUACAGAUUUUGAAGGUUAACAAAUUGCUUAUAAGCAUCUCAUGACAACUGAUUCACUUUUGAGUGUUCAUUA